AUGGCCUUGCCUAUUCCUCCGUUGAAAGACACUUGCGAACGUUAUCUGAGGGCGUUGUCAGCGCUCCAAGAUGAGCGAGAGCACCACGCCACGAAGCUUGCAGUAGAAGAUUUCCUCGCACGCUCUGGUCCCAUGUGGGACGCCAAGCUUCGAGAGUAUGCCGAGACGAAAGAUAGUUACAUUGAAGAGUUUUGGUAUGAAUCGUACUUGUCUCAUUCAGACCCCGUCGUUCUGGCCUUGAAUCCCUUCUUCGUCCUAGAAGAUGAUCCAAAUCCGGCACGAGGAGCACAGUUACAGCGGGCAGCUUCCCUGAUCACAGCCUCUUUGGGAUUUGUCCAUGAUCUUCGUGCGGGAAUUCUUGAGCCAGAUGCUGUUCGAACGACAAAACUCGAUAUGGACCAGUAUACUCGACUCUUUGGAACUUCUCGGAUACCGACUCAGCAUGGAUGUCGGAUGUCCGUUACACCCAAUUCUCGACACAUUGUCGUCCUCCGAAGAGGCCAGAUCUAUCAUUUUGACUGUUUAGACUCGAAUAACCGGCCCAUCGUAACUGAGCAAGAUAUUCUACGAAACCUCAAGGCUAUCGUUGCCGAUGCGGACCAAACCCCUGUUCACGAGGCUGCUAAAUCUUCCGUUGGAUUGCUCACCACCGAGAAUCGAAAGAUUUGGUCACAGCUGCGACAGACUAUUCAUAACAGUUCCCCUUCGAAUGCGAGCAGCCUCGAGGUAAUCGACGAAGCACUUUUCAUUGUUUGUCUCGAUGAUGCGGCCCCUGAGGACCUAGGGGAACUUUGCGGUAACUUCCUCUGUGGUACCUAUGGUCUUUCAGGAGGUGUCCAGGUCGGGACGUGUACCAACAGGUGGUACGAUAAGCUCCAAAUCAUUGUUUGCGCCAAUGGUGCCGCAGGAAUUAAUUUUGAACAUACUGGAGUUGACGGACAUACAGUACUACGAUAUGCCGCCGACAUCUUCACUGAGGGCCUCAUGUUACUCGCUCGAUCCAUCAACCCUAAAGCACCCGUCAUGUUUAAGGCUAAGCUUAGUCCUCAUGCCAAAGCGAGCAAGGUUAAACCCGGACCUGAUGACGUUGAGCCGGAGCCCCUUGACCCAUCUCCGAAGAAAUUGGAAUGGGAGCUCAGCAACACACUGUUAACUGGAAUCCGAUUUGCUGAAACUAGGUUGAGCGAUUUGAUCUGCCAGAAUGAUUGUCAAGCUUUAGAAUUCACCGGCUACGGCGCCAACUUUAUCAAGACUCAUGGUUUCAGUCCUGAUGCAUUUGUGCAGAUGGCGUUCCAGGCUGCCUAUUUUGGCCUUUAUGGCCGGACUGAGUGCACAUACGAGCCCGCGAUGACCAAGGCAUUCUUGCAUGGAAGAACCGAGGCCAUCCGUACUGUUCAGCCUUCUAGCGUUAACUUUACUCGGACUUACUUUUCCGAAGCUCCAAACAAGGAAAAAAUCCAGGCCCUCCGAAAUGCCUGCGUUGCCCAUAGCAAACUUACCAAGGAAUGUAGCCAGGGUCUUGGACAAGACAGGCACUUGUAUGCACUAUACUGCCUGGUCCGGCGAGAACUGAACUCAGCCCCAAGUUCGCCGGUCUCCGAUUCCGGGUCUAAUAAGAGUAACCAAGUCGAGAUGCCAUCCAUUUUCAGCGAUCCUGGUUGGUCUCUUCUCAACACCAGCAUUCUUUCAACUUCCAACUGUGGCAAUCCCGCACUUCGCCUCUUUGGCUUCGGACCUGUUGCUGCUGAGGGUUUCGGUAUAGGUUAUAUUAUCAAGGAAGAUGGCAUUUCCGUCUGUGCGACGUCCAAGCAUUUGCAGACUCGUCGAUACUUGGAUACUCUCAGCUCGUACUUGCUAGACGUCCAACAAUUGAUCUUGCAGAUCCAUCGUGCGGCCAACGAACGAGCAGGGAACUUUGUGGACCACUCUGGUGUGCUCCGCGAAGCCAAGACAGGGAGGGUUAUUGCGCAUUUAAGUGCCCAGACUCCUGCUCAGACCCCCGGCCUUGGUACGCUUGAGUUGGAAGAGGAGCCUUCGACUUCCGGUUACUCGUUCUUCGAUAGUGUCGAAGUACAGAGGCUCGCUCGCCGCCGCCCGAGGAAUACGGCUGUUGGCAAAGUCCUCCAGAUCUCCGAGUAUUAA